GAAAAACUGAAAAUUUUCCCAUGUGGUAGCAGCCCUGAUACAAAUGCAGGCCCGAUGAGAGCGGGUAAAUUGUAUGCAGUUCACAGCUUGCCAUGUAUCUGACAGACACAAUUGCCACACACAAGACAGACAACUCUGCGCCCUGUCAUAUACAAGUAUUCGGAAUUGAUUUUAAACAGCCUACACGUACUAACGAUGUUCAAACAGUCAUUUGAGAGCGAAAAGAACCAAGAGGCCACCAUAUACAUUGGGAACCUCGACCCAGAGGUCACAGAAAACCUCCUAUACGAGCUCUUUGUACAGUUUUCGCCAGUGAGGUCCGUCAGCUUGCCCAAAGAUAAAAUCCUCAAGACACACCAGGGGUUUGGGUUUGUGGAAUUGGUGUCUGCGACAUCGGUAGACUAUGUGAUACGUGUGUUGGGCGGCAUACAACUUUUUGGAAAGGUCGUCAAGGUCAAGCGCUCUAACGUAGACAAGACGAAAACGAUGGACGUGGGGGCCAACUUAUUCCUCAAUAAUCUCGAUUCUUUGAUUGAUGAGAGGUUUUUAUAUGACACCUUCCACAAAUUUGGCGAAUUUGCCAAGCCACCGCACGUGGUCACAGAUCCCGUCACGGGCACCUCCAAGGGCUACGGAUUCAUCUCGCUCACCGAGUUUGAGGCCGCUGACAAGGUCAUUGAGAUGAUGAACAACCAGUUUUUAAUGAACAAGCCCAUCACGGUCGAGUACAGCUUGAAGAGCAACGGGAAGGACCGUCACGGUGACGAGGUCGAGAGGCUUAUGGCUGCCAGUGCCAAGAAGCACAACUACGAUUUUAACAACGGGAGUAUAUUUCGCAUGCCCCAGCAGCGGGCCACUGAGAAUCCGGAAGCGAGCGAUGUGGGCAGAGGCAUAGGAGUCCCUAGGGGAGCAAGACGUGGCUACCGUGAUGCAUAGGCCCUGACUUACUAGCUCAGAUAACAAUUAGACUAUACUCUUAACCUAUAUUGUGGCCCAACACCUAAUAUAUACAAAUAUAUAAGUAAUUGGAAUAUUGACUUAUAUCGAGA